UACAACCUGGACGUUUACACUGUCCCACAAACCAGGUAAAGAGCUUAAUCGCCCUUCUCAUACCCCUUACUGAGCUUCCCAUAUGCGUUCUAUGAACCGACACAUCUAACCUAUCGCAGGUAAUUUUGUAAUUCUAGAGCUUAUGAUCUACAACACGAAUUCUAACUAAGAUCGCUUUUUUCAUUUCUCACCGAUCGCCAUUAUUUAGGAUCAUAUAGUAAUCAUUGAGGUUUUAUGGCUGCAAAGACCUCUCCCCGUUUCCCCCCAAUUCGCGCAUGCAUAUUCGACAUGGACGGCCUUCUCAUCAACUCGGAAGACAUAAUCACUCUAUCUAUAAACCAACUUCUUAAACAGUAUGAGAGACCUACCCUUCCCCGAUCUAUCCGAGCUCAGCUCAUGGGCGUUCCAAAUUCGACCAACGGAGAUUUGUUCCACGACUGGGCCAAGUUGCCCAUCUCCCGCGAGCAAUUUGCUCGCGAGUCAUCCGAACGAAUGCGACUGAAUUUCCGGGACUGCGAGCCUCUUGCCGGCGCUGAGAAGCUUCUGGAGGAUCUCAGCCAUGCACGUAAUGCUUCUGGGAAUGGAAUCAAGCUGUCAUUAGCAUCCGGCACCAAGACACAUUCUUAUGAAUUAAAAGUUUCAAGGCCGGAAACGAAACGGCUACUUAGCUUCUUUGAAUCUGACAGGCGCAUCUUGGGUGAUGAUCCACGAGUACGGGGUCGAGGAAAGCCGGCCCCUGACAUCUACUCGGUCGCCUUGCAGUCUUUGAACUCACUUCUCGAUCCCGGCGAAAGGAAUAUCGGAGCUAACGAAUGUUUGGUUUUUGAAGAUAGUGUGGUAGGGGUAGAAGCUGCAAGGCGGGCUGGGAUGAGGGUUGUUUGGGUGCCACACCCAGAUAUGGCGGUUGAGUAUCAAGGAAAGGAGAAGGAUGUGUUAGCUGGGAGGGCUAGAAUUGAUAGCAUUGAAGACGAGUGGCAACUAGGUAAGAUUGAUGAUGGCUGGGCAGAAAGUAUUCCGAGUCUGGGUCAUUUUAAUUAUGAAAAAUACGGCAUUAGUAUACCGCCUUAAAUACCUUUGAUAAAGUUAUUAUUGUUCAAUUUCCUUGGUAUGUCUUUGCCUGGGUGUAGUCGUUAUUGGUGGAGUAAAAAUGUGUUCAAGACACUAUCUCCACGAAUCGAGGGCGGUCAAUUAACUAGAGCUUCAUCGAGACCAUGA